AUGGCCGUGACGCCGGACCAGCAGCAGCCACCUGCAGCGACUGGUUCGACACAGGCCCGGCCUUUGGGGGCUAAUUGGCUUCCGCAUCUGCGACUCCGCGUUCUGCACUUCCGCCGUGCGGCCGCGACUGCCUUCUUCCCCGCUGCGACCUGCGACUCUAUUCACAGGAUCGGGCCUGGUUCGACAUCUCCUCGCCUCCGCGUACACGUACACGAAACCACCCUCGUGCCGCCGUCUCCGUCACCGCCGGAGACCUCGCUCCCGCUCACCUUCUACGACGUCUUCUAUCUUAACUCCCCGCCCGUCCAGCGCCUCUUCCUCUACCGCCUCGCCCCGGAUGCCGACGUCGCCGCCAUCAUCUCCAACCUCCGGGACUCGUUGCACCGGGCCCUCCGCGCCUUCUACCCGCUCGCCGGCCGCGUCCGCCUCACCCCCGGCACAUCCGACCGCUACGAGAUGCACUACCGCCCGGGUGACGACGCCGUCACCUUCACUGUCGCCGAGUGCGACGGCGACGACGCGGAAACGCACUUCGACGGCCUCACCACCGACGAGCCGCGGGAGGUUGCCAAGAUCGCCACGCUCGUGCCGCCGCUGCUCGAGGGCGGCAGGCUGCUCUCCGUUCAGACCACGCUCCUGCCCGCGCGCCGAGGUCUCGCCAUCGGCGUCACCGUGCACCACGCCGCCUGCGACGGCUCUGCAUCCACGCACUUCCUGCACACCUGGGCGGCCGCCUGCAGAGGCGGCGGCGCCGAAGCGCCGCUGCUGCCGCCUGUCAUCGACCGGACUCUCCUCCCCGACCCAAGGCGCCUGUACGACGUCUUCAUCCAAGGGGCGCCGAGAAGCGAAGAGUUGGAGUCCGUCAAGAUGUCCGCCGACCAGCUCUUGGCCACGUUCGCGCUGUCCAAGGACGACCUGAAGCGCGUCAAGGACGCCGUGGCCGACGAGGCUACGAGGCGCGGCGUCGCGCCUCUCCGGUGCUCCUCUCUGGUCGCCACCUUCGGCUUCGUCUGGUCGUGCUACCAGCGAGCCAAGGAGGGCAACGGUGGCGGCGCUGGAGAGGGCCCGGUGACCUGCAUGGCGUUAGCCGUCGACCACCGCUCGCGGAUGAAGCCUCCCCUGCCGGACAAGUACCUGGGCAACUGCGUCGGCCCAGCGUUCGCGCUGGCACCAACGGGCGAGCUGGCCGCGGCUGGCGCAGGAGGGCUCUUCAGCGCGUGCGCCGCCGUCGCCUCCUCCAUUGACGAAGCUGUAGGCGACAUCGGGACGUCGAGCAUGGAGGCGUGGAUGGACCGCAUCAGGGAGGUGUUCCCCAUGGGUUUACUGACCGUGUCCGGCUCGCCGAGGUUCCGCGUCUACGACCUGGACUUCGGAUUCGGCCGGCCGGCGCAGGUGGACGUCGUGCCCGUGUCGAGGAUCGGCGCAGUGGCGGUGGCGGAGAGCCGGGGUGGCGACGGCGGGAUAGAGGUGGGGGUCUCUCUUCCGCCGGCUGCCAUGACCUCAAGGCCACGCAUCAACUCACUUCUCCAGUGGGUGAGACCGACUGCAACCUUUCCCCUUCCUCUAUCCUCUUCUCGCUCAGGCGCAGUGGCGCACAUUUCCGGACACGACGCCCACCUACCGAAGGCCACGGCAGGGCAGUCCUCCAUGGCCGCGGCCGGCGAGGGCCCGUGCGAGGUCCCCCGAGCGGCGGCGUGGGUCGCGACCGAACGAGGUCCCCGAGCGGCGGCACAGGUCGUGCCUGGACGAGCUCUCCCGAGCAGCGCGGGCGGCGGCCGUCUCCAACGACGAGGGCGCAGGGCGCCAUUGCUAGAGGUCGGCAGCUACUGCAAAUGUGAUUCCUCAACUGUAAGUGUGUCAUUGUCAGCGUUGUGGGAGCUUGAUGAGGAAAUAGUUAUUGCUGCUAUGGAUAUGCAGUGCCCUGUGGAUGCGAGCUACUGA